AUGCAAGAGUUCGUACAACUGGUGUUGUGGAGAUCCAGUUCAGGUGAACAUGCAGAGAUGACAUGAUUUUUUUCUACUCAAAUGUUGGCUGUUGAGAAACAUGUCUUGGAAUCUGGAUCUAUUGAUACUGUUGGCACUGUUGGUAUCCUUGAACUGCAUCCUGGAGCAAUCAAUAGUAUCCCUAGCAAAUCGCACAUAGAAAUUGAUACUAGGGACAUCGAUGAGGAAAGAAGAAACCAAGUUAUUGACAAAAUCCAUGAAACAGCAAUUAGAAUAACCAAAACACGAGGUGUCAAGCUCUCCGAGUUUCAUGUCAUCAAUCAGGAUCCACCGGCUCCAUCUGAUGAAGCAGUCAUCAAUGCAAUGGAAACUGCAACAAAAGAGCUAAACUUGACGAGCAAGUUAAUGAUUAGUCGAGCCUAUCACGACUCUUUGUUCAUGGCCAGGGUGUCUCCAAUGGGCAUGAUCUUCAUUCCAUGCUACAAAGGAUACAGCCAUAAGCCUGAAGAAUUUUCCAGUAUUGAAGACAUGUCAAAUGGUGUAAAAGUAUUGGCUUUCACCUUAGCCAAAUUGUCCCUUCAGUCAACUGUUUGAUAUACUUUCAAAAGUUCUCUUGUUUCUCA